AGUAAACAUUGCCCGAUCGAUUUCUGUUUUGCUGGGGGUAUUGGACGUCAGCUUUGUUGCAGUCGAGUGUUUUUUCAGGGUAAGAAUUUUAAGGAGCCACAGUCUGGUAUAAUAGCUGCUUGAAGCUCUUGAUCGCUUUAAAUAUGGCUACUGAACACUUAACUUGACAUCUAGCAGUGACAUGUUAUUUCUCUUGGAUGCAUCCCGUUGAUCUUUUGAAAGAACACUUGGAGUGGCAAAGAAUUGAUUGGAAGAAACUAGAGGCGACCAAUAAGAAGGCUUAAUCACCAUGGCAGCAACAGCUGUAGAUGCAGUUAAUGCUGCCCCAGCAGCAGGAUCCAAAGAAAUGAGUUUAGAGGAGCCAAAGAAGAUGACCAGAGAGGACUGGAGAAAGAAGAAGGAAUUAGAAGAACAGAGAAAACUGGGGAAUGCUCCUGCAGAAGUUGAUGAAGAAGGAAAAGACAUCAACCCCCACAUUCCUCAGUAUAUUUCUUCAGUACCAUGGUAUAUUGAUCCAUCAAAAAGACCUACUUUAAAGCACCAAAGACCACAACCAGAAAAGCAAAGACAAUAUAGCUCCUCUGGAGAAUGGUACAAGAGGGGUGUGAAAGAGAAUUCCAUAACUACUAAGUACCGCAAAGGAGCAUGUGAAAAUUGUGGGGCCAUGACACACAAAAAGAAAGACUGCUUUGAAAGACCUAGGCGAGUUGGUGCAAAAUUUACUGGUACUAAUAUAGCUCCAGAUGAACAUGUCCAGCCUCAGUUGACGUUUGAUUAUGAUGGGAAAAGGGAUCGGUGGAAUGGCUAUAAUCCAGAGGAACACAUGAAAAUUGUAGAAGAAUAUGCAAAAGUAGAUCUAGCAAAAAGAACACUGAAAGCCCAGAAACUCCAGGAAGAAUUAGCCUCAGGAAAAUUAGUGGAACAGGCUAAUUCUCCAAAACACCAAUGGGGAGAAGAGGAACCAAACUCUCAAACGGAAAAAGAUCACAACAGUGAAGAUGAGGAUGAAGAUAAAUAUGCUGAUGAUAUUGACAUGCCUGGGCAGAACUUUGACUCUAAAAGACGAAUUACAGUCCGGAAUCUCAGGAUUCGAGAAGAUAUUGCAAAAUACUUGCGGAAUUUAGAUCCAAAUUCUGCUUACUAUGAUCCUAAAACUAGAGCAAUGCGAGAGAAUCCCUAUGCCAAUGCAGGAAAGAAUCCAGAUGAAGUGAGCUAUGCAGGUGAUAACUUCGUCAGAUACACAGGUGACACCAUUUCAAUGGCUCAGACACAGUUGUUUGCUUGGGAAGCCUAUGACAAGGGAUCUGAAGUCCAUCUGCAAGCUGACCCUACAAAACUAGAACUGCUGUACAAAUCCUUCAAAGUCAAAAAAGAAGACUUUAAAGAGCAGCAGAAAGAAAGCAUCCUGGAAAAGUAUGGUGGCCAAGAGCAUUUGGAUGCCCCUCCAGCUGAGUUGCUUUUAGCUCAGACUGAAGACUAUGUGGAGUAUUCAAGACAUGGGACAGUCAUCAAAGGACAGGAGCGGGCUGUCGCCUGCUCUAAGUAUGAGGAGGAUGUCAAGAUUCACAACCACACACAUAUAUGGGGAUCUUACUGGAAAGAAGGCCGGUGGGGAUACAAAUGCUGUCACUCUUUUUUCAAGUAUUCUUACUGUACUGGAGAAGCUGGGAAGGAGAUUGCUAAUUCAGAGGAAUGUGUUAUAGAUGAAGUAACUGGAGAAGAAUCUGUGAAGAAACCUCAAACUCUUAUGGAGAUGCAUCAGGAAAAACUAAAAGAAAAGAAAAAGAAGAAAAAGAAGAAGCAUCGGAAAAGCAGCUCAGAUAGUGAUGAUGAAGAAAAGAAACAUGAAAAGUUGAAAAAGGCACUGAAUGCAGAGGAAGCACGCCUUCUUCAUGUCAAGGAGAUCAUGCAGAUUGAUGAGCGGAAGAGGCCCUAUAAUAGCAUCUAUGAGACUCGGGAACCCACAGAGGAGGAAAUGGAGGCUUAUAGAAUGAAACGUCAGAGACCAGAUGACCCCAUGGCCUCCUUCCUUGGACAGUAAUUACUGCUGAUGCCUGUGGUCUCAGAAGACACAUGAUUAAUAGAACUCUCUUCUCAACUUUUUGCUCAAGAUUAUAGGUAGAAAAAUCAUCCAGGUCUACCCUUACACAGUCUGACAUUAAUAAAACUUCCAGAAGUUUGAUAGUAAA